CCCGAUUGACCUGCCACAAUAGAGUCAUUCGUGAACAAACUAUCGACGAGAGAUCAGCAUGAAGCCCCAGAUUGUCCUACUCUUCCUGGCCGCCAGCCUGGCUCUGGCUCUUGCCCGUCCGGAGCCGCCAAGGCCCCGCUACGGAGCUCCGCCUCCACCUGCCCCACAACAGGAAUACGGUCCACCACCACCGGCCCAACCUUUGCCUGUCUACGGUCCACCAGCAGCCUUCUACGGUCCACCCGCUGCCCCCGCAGCCGAGGCCAUUGUCACCAAGAACGUGUACGUCCAUGUGCCGCCAGAGGAGCCGGAAUUCUAUCCAGCCGCUGCCCCCAUCCAGACGGCGGUGCCCAAGAAGCACUACAAGAUCAUCUUCAUCAAGGCCCCUAACCCACCCACGCCAGUCCGCCAAGUGCUGCCCCCACCAGUCCAGGACGAGCACAAGACCCUCGUGUACGUGCUGGUGAAGAAGCCCGAGGAGCAGCUGCCCGUCAUCCUGCCCUCGCCGGCCCCCACCGAGCCCAGCAAGCCCGAGGUCUACUUCAUCAAAUACAAGCAGCAGCAGAAGCCCGCUCCCCAAUACGGUCCUCCCGCUGCGCCCGCCGAGGAAUAUGGCGCCCCACCCGCUCCCCGUGGCCUGGAGCAGUUCUAGUCAUAAGUCGCAAAGUC